UUUCCAGGGGACUCAUAACAUUGUCGAACACUAUGUCGUCUGUCAGGUGGCAGCGUUACUCGAGAACUAUUACAACGUGUGUGAUCAGGGAUGUGUGAAGCCGCAGAACAGGACCUGUACGCGGUGCUGGGAGCCAGCCCGUCCGACACCGUGCAGCAGCUCAGACACAGAUACCAGCGCCUGGCCUUACAGUAUCACCCAGACCGUCUGGGAGGUCAGUGUUCUUCAGAAGCAGAGUCUGGUGUGAAGAAGUUUCUAGAAGUUGAUGCAGCUUGGAGGAUCCUUAGUGACCAGAACACUAGGAGACAGUAUGACUUGCAGAGAAGAGCACAGCAACUUCAGCAGGACUGGCCAGUAGACUCCACAGUUUGUCUGGAGGACAUGACCUGGAACCAAGAUGAGUGUGCAUAUACAUACGACUGUCGCUGUGGAGGAGGAUUCAGUGUCACUGAGGAAGAGGUGGACAAGGAGACUCGGAGUACACAGCAAAACGGUGAAGAGGAAGAAUCAGAAGACGGACAGCAAAGAGGAGUGGUUGUUUGCUGUGAUACGUGUUCCCUCAGUGUGUACGUCACAUGGUCAUUACAAGACUCAAAUGUUAAAUAAACGUUUCCCUUUUUUAAUACAGUGCAGCAAAUCAAUAAAGCAUAUUGUUUGUUGA